GUGCGGUGAUCGGCGGUGCGCUGUGUCCCUCGGACACAGCCGAUCACCGAUCACGGAAAGAGCCGAAGAUGUCUGCUCGGUCAUGUGUCCAAUCACAGCUGAUCACAUGGGACAUGUACACUGAUCAUCAGGGCACUGAUGAUCCGUGUGCCCUGAUGAUCAGUGUAGCCCCAGCAGUGCCACCUGUCAGUGUCCAUCAGUGCCUCUUGCCAGUGCCUACCAGUGCACAUCAAUGCCACAUAUCAGUGCCCAUCUGAGCUGCCUUUUAGUGUCACCCAUCAGUGCCAGUCAGUGCCACUUAUCAAUGCCAAGCAGUGCUGCCUCUCAAUGCUUCCUAUCAGUGCCAUAUAUCAGUGCCAUGUAUCAGUGAUGCCUGUCAAUGCCCAUCAGUG